AUGUGGCUCAAUAGUCGCGACAUCGCGCGGGACGACGACAGCAGCAACAGCACCACCGGCGGCGGCCAUCCCGACGGCGUGUGGACCUUUGCCGGCUCCAGUGUCAGCAGUGCGUCGUCGUCGCACGGAUCGAUUGGCGCCUCGGGCUCCCGAGCGCUCUGGAACCGCAUGGAGAUGGCCGAAGAAGAGCGCGAAGAAGAGGCGCUGCCGUCGUACCUGUCGUACUUGCAGCCAGCGUUCCGUCCUGCGCCUCGGCCGUCGUCCACGACCGACGCGUCGACGUUGCCGCGCACGGCGUCUGUGCUCGCGACACCGCACGUACGAGAGCCAAUGGACACGUCGCUGCACGUGCAGCACGUGACGCGCAAGAGCGCGGAGCUCGCUGAAGCGCUGGAGCAUCUUGUGCUGGGCGCAGCCCAUCGCUACGGGAACGAGACGGUCGUGUCGGGUACGAGGAAUCGAUCGUUGAGCCGGUCGCUGUGCUCGUGUGGCGAGUUGAGGCUCCAGGUGCACGAGAUGGGGACACAGGUGACAAGACUGCAAGAGCAGGUGCUGGAGCUGACAAAGAAGAGCAGUCGGUUGGAAGGGGACAGCAGCAAAGGGACGGGAACAAGCAGCACGAGCAGCUCGACGUGGAGUGCGUCGGCAGCGCCGUUCGUGCCGAAGCAGUUGCCGUACAAGCAGUUGACACCGUCGCUGUCGAUUGGAACAGUGGAUUCGUCGACCGCAACGGUCUUGAGUGACCGAAUCUCGACGUUAGAAGGACGUCAGAGUGCGUUCCAGUCGCAGUUGGCAACGAUCGCCAAGGUGCUGGGCAUUCCUACGGGAAAAGCAGGCAAGCAUAGUCCAGUGAAGCAUUUGGUGGAGACGUUGCGUGAGGAAGUGGAAGCCAAAGUGCAGGAAGCAACUGCUGAAGCCCGGGCAGGUCUCUUGGCUGAGCUGAAGGCUUCAUUGGGAGACGAUGAAGUGGAGCCCCACACGGACAAGGAGGAUACACAAGCAGCCUUGUCGUCCAAUGCUGUUCUUGCGGCAUUAGCAGGCGAGCACGAAGCGUCUUUGGCGCGUCUGAGUCGAUCGUUCGAGGAGUUGCUGGCGGACGAAGCUCGACAGCGAGCAGCACUUGAAGCUCGUGUUCAGUCUCAAUUGGCACAACAAGAGGAGUGGCUACAGCAGCUCGAAGGUGCUUUUGGGUCUCACCACGACUUGAACUACAAUCAGGAUUUCCGUGGCAAAGACUCGGAUGUGGUGAACAGCAAGCUUGAAGCACUGGAACGAAGAUGCGAAGAGAGCCUUGACUUUUGCAAGCGCAUUGCUCAGCUACUUCCAGACGUAGCACAGUCGAGUCUUCCAUCUCGGCCCGGAGAAAAAGAAAAUGGACGGAGCAGCUGGCCGGACCGCAUGGCAGGCAGUGGACAGGUACGCGUGGGAAAUGUUGUGUUGUAUUGCGUCACGUUUUCUGCUCAACACUCACAGUGCUCGUACCUUUACUCGUUCUUGCUGCAGUUCAUCGAAGCUUCAAGGAAGGGUCAAUGUACGUACGGGGAAAUGCCAGCCGUGGUGGUCAAGAUACCCAGGCAGCAAUGGAUUGAAGCCGUGUGGAUAUCCGGACGAACGGGUCUCAAGCCAUAUGCUGGUGCUACCUCGCGUGAUCGUGCGGUGCAGCAAUUGCUGCGAAAGGAGCGCCAAUGGAUGGCAGCUAGGCCACAGCGCUCCAGUGCUCGAUGA